AUGUCGCUGGUGCCGAGAAGCCUUUUUCACAGAAGUUGGUUGAAGCAACUGAUAUGUGAAUUCCACGUUAGCUGUUCGCUUGCGGAGCGCAACCAGUUUGGCAUCAAACUGAUCGACCAUGAACUGAACAAAAUUCUGUUCGGUAACCAGCGUGAGACUCACCUGCCAUUGACACGCGUGCUUCCACUGAUGAAGGAUAUCGAAAGCUUUGUCGGAACACGAAAGCUUGCUGAAAAGAUUGCUCCAGAAAGCGAAUCUCACAAGCGAGAAGAUCUGAAAAACCAACUCAUUGCACGCCACUUUCCAAAGUUGCAAGGAGGCGACUUGAAUGAACAUUUUAAGAACAUAGCCGCAGAGCAAGUCCAGAACUACAAACUGUUGCUGAAUCGACUUGCCGACGCUACGCUGCCUCCUUGUCCUUCCAAGUGGAUAUUUGCCACCGGCUGGACGGCAUACAGCCCGGACGGCACGACGACUAAGGUUGACUAUCCUUCUGACAACGUUCUGGUAUUCGACGUUGAAGUCUGCGUUCCUGUUGGUCAGCAUCCUAUUCUGGCCGUCGCAGUGUCCGACAUCCGCUGGUAUGCACAAGGUUCUAUUUGUCGUUUUUAUUUUAUUUCGACGGAGGUCGAACGUAAACUAUAAUC